GAGAAUGUUAAUUUUCAAUCAGAAUAGAGCUGGAAGGGACCUUGGUGGUCUUCUAGUCCAGCCCUGCGCUCAAGCAGGAGAGACUAUUAUUAUUUCAGGCAGGCGACUGUUCAAAGAAAGGCAAAGCCUCGUCUGCGCAGUUGUAUCGUUGGGGAAUUCUGAGAGUUGAUUUCCACGGAUCUUAAAAAGUUGUUAAGGUUUAGAAACAACAUAUCAAAAAACGAGAGAUCCAAGAUUAUAAAUCUCCCUUUCCAAAUACCAAAAACUACUAUAAUCAUUUUUGCUCAACCCUAUAGCCUCUGUCAGGCCAUAGUUCUUUAUAUCCUAAUGUUAGCUGUUUAUUAUAAUCCUAAUGUUAGCUGUAUACCGUAAUUUAAAAAUACAUUCACAUUUUCUUUAGAAUUGCAUUGGUCUUAAUCACCCAGGUUUAUGGAUAUUGCACCAAAGCAGGACAAUGGAGAAGAAGUCCAUAUUUUAAGGCAGGUGUACAGUUGCAGCUUGACCUGUUGCCAGAAUUGUCACUCUGCUUCCUGGCACAGGAGCAGAUAACAUCCUUCUCUUUGGACUUCAACCCAUUGCAAAUGCACUUUGGACAUAUAUUUUCCAUACCCAUCAGAAUGGAUGGUCUCUAUCAUUUUCUUUCAUUCUAGCAGCAGUCCCAACUCUUAUUUGCUGCAGCGCUCAGGAAACUCCAAAAGGUUCCUGUCUCAGCCAGACCCUUUCUGCUAUUUCUGCUGGUUGGGAGUUGGUAUUUUAUUUUUAUAAUCUUGUAGUUGAUCUAACAAGUUAAUGAACUAUUAUCAACUGUAGAGAUUUGUGAUGCAUUCAUUUCCUACAUCUCCCAUUGGGCACUCAUUUGGCUGGGUAAAGACUUAUUCCUUAAUCCUGUGGAUAAUAUCAUAUUGUUGAAAUUGAUUCAGAUAGUUCCCAGUAUUUUCGUUUUAUACAUUAUUGUGUGUCAAGCCAAUAAGGGGAAUUAGGUUCCUGUUUAGCAAUCAUAAACAUGUUAUGUCAUUCUGCAUGUAAUGUAGGUCAUCUUGCAUAUUGCAUGCUAAAAAAUUUAUAAUUGGCCUAAAAAUAUUCUUUUCAUGGAGCAUAAACCAUAAAAAGCCAGUGCAUCUAAGUGUCCCAAAAGAGCAGUGCACUUUCAGAAUGUUCAUUUAUGUUUAAAAAUCCUUCUAAUUCUUGUUGCAUGUUUAAUAAAAAAGGUUCUUUAUUAAAUCACAUUAUAACACAAGACCUGACUGAUAUGACAAGAUAUGGCAACAAAACAACAUCUUUCUGAUAUCCAUCCAUAAUUCCUAGCUGCUGGCAUAGAUUGUUGGAGAACAUAAAUUAGUUAGAUAGAUUAUACUUGAACUAAAUAGACAUUACUAAAUAGAUAGCCUAGAUAACCUAGACUACACUAGACUAAACUAAACUAGAUAAAACUAGACUAAUUUAAAAACUUUCAAAUAUUCUAACUUUACGAAACUAAAUUUUACAGAUCUAGACUAGAGAAAAUUGGCUGAUGUUGAUUUUCCAACUAUUUCAUAUAUUUAAGGGAAUGCGUCUUCAUUAUUUCUAGCUCUACGGGCAAAAAGAGUUCUGCGUCUUGGCUCGGGCAUUUCCGUCCUAUAGGGUUAAAUUCCCCCCAACGCAGGAAGUGAGCAUCAUCACAUGACCUGGGAGGCGGAACACAAAUAACAGUUGUGGGUUUGGCUUCUCCGCCUACUUAAGGGCAAGCAGAUAAUCGAAUCAGCAAGAGGUUGCUGCAUCUGAGUCGGCAGCUGAUUGGCUGGAUUUUUGAGUGCUGUCAAAAUCCCGAGUCUUUGUUGUACUUCCGUCGUGGCCGUACUGCAGCAAGAUGGUUGUAGAAAUUCAGCCAGACUGCCUUGGACUUUAUUGUGGAAGAACACUGGAAAUUAUAAAUGGAACUGAAAUUCAUGGCGAUUGUGGGGUAUGUCCCAGAGGACAAAGAAGUGAUGCCCAUAAAAUCUGCCGUGAAUGUACGGGCUCUCCAGAACGCUAUGAUUGGCUUUAUCUUGGCUUUAUGGCAAUGCUACCUCUCAUUCUGCAUUGGUUCUUCAUUGAAUGGUAUUCAGGGAAAAAGAGUUCCAGUGCUCUUUUCCAGCACAUCACUGCUUUAAUUGAAUGUAGUGUGGCAGCAAUUGUUACCCUGCUUGUAAGUGACCCCAUGGGCUCCCUGUACCUCCACUCAUGCAGAGUGAUGAUGCUUUCUGACUGGUAUACCAUGCUUUAUAAUCCAAGUCCUGAUUAUGUUACCACCAUUCACUGUACCCACGAAGCUGUCUAUCCUCUCUACACCAUUGUAUUCAUAUACUACGCAUUCUGUUUAGUGUUGAUGAUGAUGCUUCGUCCUCUGCUGGUAAAGAAAAUUGCUUGUGGGCUGGGAAAGUCAGAUAGAUUUAAGAGCAUUUACGCAGCUCUUUACUUUUUCCCAAUUCUGACUGUGCUUCAGGCUGUUGGAGGUGGCUUGCUCUACUAUGCUUUCCCAUAUAUCAUCAUAGUGUUAUCUCUUGUUACCCUGGUUGUCUAUCUGUCAGCUUCUGAAGUAGAAACUUUCAAAGAUCUGCUUGUCAGGAAGAAAAGGCUUAUCGUUCUGUUUAGCCAUUGGCUGCUGCAUGCCUACGGAAUUAUCUCCAUUUCCAAACUGAGCAACAUUUACCAGGACUUGCCUUUGCUGGCCUUGGUGCCUGCACCAGCUCUUUUUUAUUUGCUAACUGCAAAGUACACCGAGCCAUCCCGAAUAUUAUCCGAGGGAGCAAAUGGACGUUAAUUGUAACUAAUAACAGUCUGGGUAAGAAAGAUAUACAAGAGAGUCAGUCUUCUUGGUAAGAUGUCCUUACUUUAGUUAUUAGUUUGCUAUGGAUCAACUUUCAAGUAAAGCUUUUCUUUUUUUGAGAAUCAAAACUGGACAACUCUGUACCAACUAGAAGGCAAAUUUUCUAAACAGUGUGGAUACCCAGUACAUGUAAUGCCUUAAGACUCUUAUCAGCUGACGAAGUCCUUGAUUUUAGCAGUUAAGUCUCUAGGCUUGUCCUGUAUAUCUGUUUUACAUUUGUCUGUUAUGUGUGAAUAAUUUGUACAGCAUACUUGAAAAUAGUGUUAUUUAUUGAUUUCACAGCACAGUAUUUUCUCACAUGUUUGAAUCUGUAUUCAUAGAAGAAUAAAAGAUUCAGUAUUCUAACUUCA